GAGGCAGAGCCACAGAUGGAAGGAGCCUGGAUCCCUGAGUUAAAGCUUAGAAGAAAUCCACCUGGGAGAGCCGCCCAAUCAACAUCAGAAUGACAGCCCCAGCAAUGUGGAAAGGCCUGGGGCUGGCCCUGGCUCUUUGUCUCCUCCCCACAGGAGGAACAGAGGGCCAGGGGCAAAGCUCCUUUUGUAAGCAACCUCCAGCCUGGAGCAUAAAGGAUCAAGACCCCAUGCUGAACUCCUAUGGUUCAGUGACGGUGGUUGCUCUUCUUCAAGCCAGCUGAUACCUGUGCAUACUGCAGGCAUCUAGAUUGGAAAACCUGCGAGUAAAACUGGAGAAAGAAGGAUAUUCGAACAUCUCUUAUGUUGUUGUUAAUCAUCAAGGAAUCUCUUCUCGAUUAAAAUAUGUGCAUCUUAAAAAUAAGGUUUCAGAGCAUAUUCCUGUUUACCAACAAGAAGAAAACCAAACAGAUGUCUGGACUCUCUUAAAUGGAACGAAAGAUGACUUCCUCAUAUAUGACAGAUGUGGCCGCCUUGUAUAUCAUCUUGGUUUGCCUUAUUCCUUCCUAACUUUCUCAUAUGUAGAAGACUCCAUUAAGACUGUUUACUGUGAAAGUAAAUGUGGAAACUGCUCUCUCAAGACACUGGAAGAUGAAGGCUUCUGUAAGAAUGUAUCUUCGGCUACUGAGGAAAAAACAACCGAGGCUCCACAGCCUCAUCACCAUCACCAUCAUCAUCACCAUCUUGAGAACGGUCAUCUUUCAGAGUAUCCAAAACCAGAAGCACCAGAUAACCCUGAGCAUCCCCCUCCUUCAGGUCUUCAUCACCACCAUAGGCACAGGGGUCACCAAAGACAGGGUCACUCAGAGAACUGAGAUACAUUACAACUUUCUGUUCCACAAAAGAAGCUCUGACGAAGUGGAUGCAUAAAUCAGUUACUCUGAAAAUUUCCCAAAGAUUCAGAAUCAGCUCUGAGUAGCUGAUGAUGACACUGCCGACAUCUGAUAUUUGAAAAAACAGGGUCUGCAGUCACCUGACAGUGUAAAGAAAACCUCCCCUCUUUAUGUAGCUGACAGGGCCUUCUGGCAGAGGAGCACGUCACUGAAUCUUGACAGUGACGUUUGCCUCCAGCUGCCUGCUGGGCAAGUCAGCAGCUCAACCCUACAGAAGCCAGCACCAAAUGAAGCUGAAAAAAGAAGGCAGAAAUGUGAAAAUGACCUUCAAAUUAAAUAUUUAAAAUCGGAUAUACUGCCUAAGUCAGUCUAGACAAUUACAUUUCCAGCAUUUUUAUAAGCUACCUAAUUAAUAGUGAUCCAAAAAUAGGAAUUGGAUUUGUGUAAACAUGGAGAAAUUGGCUUCCACAUUUUAAAAUUUAAGUCAAAAACUUUUUACCCCCAACCAUAUUUUUAUUACAGGGCAACUGAAAGGUGGUUGCAGCAUUUGGUUAAUAUGUUUUUCUUUUUCUUUCUCCAGCAUUCUACUUGCAUUAAUGAGAACAGAAACAUAAACUAUGACCUAGGGGUUUCUGUCUGAUAGUCGGCAACUUAGAAUGGAGGAAGAACAACAGAGACAUGUUUUCCAUUUUUUUCUUUACUUAUUUCUCAAACAAUAUUAUCUUUGUCUUUUUAAUCUUACGUUUUUAACAAAUUAAACCUUUAAAGAAAGAAGUAUUUCUGUCUUCUCAGAUCCAGAAAUACUCAUACAUGAAUAUUUUGCUAUGAUUACAUUUUAGAUAUCCAUUUAGACUCAUAUCUUGAUUUUUACUAUCACAUAUGAAUGAAGUCUUUAUAUCUUGCUUUCUUUGUCUAGCAUUGUAUCAUACUCUUUAAAAUUUAAGAUUGCCAGUCUUGAAAGAUAGAUGGGAAACGAUAAAAGAAUGUUGUCUAUCUCUUGAUUGCUUAGAAAGUAUUUCCAUAGUCAAUGAUGGUUCAAUAGGUAAACUAAGUCCUAUAAACCUGAACUUUUUUAUGGUUAAUACUAUUAAGCAAAAAUGCAGAACACGAUUGGCAAAAGUGUGCAUAUGUUUAAAUAAACUCAAUGAAGUUUAAA